GGGCCGGAGCCGGGGGGCGGAGCCGCCACGAUCGGCCUCCCCGAGUUAACCGUCUGCCCUUAGGGUGCUGGGGCUGCCUGGCUCCGCAGCAGUCUCGUAAGUAGCGCGGUGCGGGCUCCGUGGUUGUUGCGGCUGGAGAAGGCUCCUUCCAGGCUGCGUGCAGGGCCCGGGAAAGUGUCCUCCCCGCCACCCCCGCCCUCUCCUCUGGGCGCACACCUCCCUGCCUGACGCAUUCUGCCGCACAGGCUGUAAUAUGGCGGCAGCGGCGGCGGCCCGGGUGAUUUUUGUUGCUUCAGAAUCGUAAGGAGGGAGAGAAUUGCAUCAGUUGACCCUUGGUGUUUUGUUUUUCUUUUCUCCUCUAUUUAAAGAUUAAAGUAUUGGAGCCAUGGGAAUAAAAGUUCAACGUCCUCGAUGUUUUUUCGACAUUGCCAUUAAUAACCAACCUGCUGGAAGAGUUGUCUUUGAAUUAUUUUCUGAUGUGUGCCCCAAAACAUGCGAGAACUUCCGAUGUCUCUGUACAGGUGAAAAAGGGACAGGGAAAUCAACUCAAAAGCCUUUACAUUAUAAAAGUUGUCUCUUUCACAGAGUUGUCAAAGAUUUUAUGGUUCAAGGUGGUGACUUUAGUGAAGGAAAUGGACGUGGAGGGGAAUCUAUUUAUGGAGGAUUUUUUGAAGAUGAGAGCUUUGCUGUUAAACACAACAAAGAAUUUCUCUUGUCAAUGGCCAAUAGAGGGAAGGAUACAAAUGGUUCACAGUUCUUCAUAACAACGAAGCCAACUCCUCAUUUAGAUGGGCAUCAUGUUGUUUUUGGACAAGUGAUUUCCGGUCAAGAAGUUGUGAGAGAGAUAGAAAACCAGAAAACAGAUGCAGCUAGCAAACCAUUUGCUGAAGUGCGGAUACUCAGUUGUGGAGAACUGAUUCCCAAGUCUAAAGCUAAAAAAGAAGAAAAGAAAAGGCAUAAGUCUUCCUCAUCCUCCUCCUCAUCGUCAUCCAGUGACUCAGAUAGCUCAAGCAAUUCUCAGUCCUCUUCUGAUUCUUCAGAUUCUGAAAGUGCUUCUGAAGAAAAAUCGAAAAAGAGGAAAAAGAAGCAUAGAAAAAAUUCCCGAAAGCACAAGAAAGAAAAGAAGAAGCGGAAGAAAAGCAAGAAAAGUGCAUCUAGUGAAAGUGAAGCCGAAAAUCUUGAAGCACAACCCCAGUCUACUGUCCGUCCAGAAGAGAUUCCUCCUAUACCUGAAAAUAGAUUCCUGAUGCGAAAAAGUCCUCCAAAAGCUGAUGAAAAAGAAAGGAAAAAUAGGGAGAGAGAGAGAGAAAGAGACUGUAAUCCACCUAACUCCCAGCCUGCUUCAUACCAAAGGCGACUUUUAGUUACUAGGUCUGGCAGAAAAAUUAAAGGGAGAGGACCAAGGCGCUACCGAACGCCAUCCAGAUCCAGAUCAAGGGAUCGUUUCAGACGUAGUGAGACUCCUCCACAUUGGAGGCAAGAGAUGCAGAGAGCUCAGAGAAUGAGGGCACCGAGUGGUGAAAGAUGGAUCAAAGGGGACAAGAGUGAGUUAAAUGAAAUCAAAGAAAAUCAAAGAAGCCCUGUUAGAGUAAAAGAAAAAAAAAUAACUGAUCACAGGCAUAUGUCUGAGAGUCCAAACAGAAAAAGUGAAAAGGAAAAGAAAGCUAAAGACCACAAAUCUAACAGCAAGGAGAGAGACAUCAGAAGAAAUUCAGAAAAAGAUGAUAAAUAUAAAACCAAGACGAAGAAAAGGGCCAGAUCUAAAAGUAGAAGUAAGAGCAAAGAGAAAUCCAGAAGUAAAGAAAAUGAUGCCAAGCAUCAUAGACAUGAAGAAAAGAGGGCCAGGUCAAGGAGUAAAGAAAGGGAUCAUGAGAAUGUUAAAGAAAAAGAAAAGUCUGACUCUAAAGGUAAAGAUGAGGAAAGGAGUAGAAGUAAAGAGAAAUCCAAACAGUCAGAAUCCAAAAGUAAUGAACAUGAUCACAAUAAAAGUAAGGACAGAGAUAGACGUGCACAGUCUAGGAGUAGAGAACGGGAUAUCACGAAAGGUAAACACAGUUACAAUAGCAGAACAAGGGAACGAAGCAGAAGUAGGGACAGGAGCAGAAGAGUGCGAUCUAGAAGCCACGACCGUGAUCGAAGCCGAAGCAGAGAGUAUCAUAGAUACAGAGAGCAGGAGUACAGGAGAAGAGGAAGGUCACGAAGCCGAGAAAGAAGGGCAACACCAGGAAGAUCAAGGAGUAAAGAUAGGAGAAAGAGAAGGAGAGAUUCCCGGAGUUCAGAGAGAGAAGAAAGUCAAAGCAGGAACAAAGAAAGAUAUAAAAGCCAAGAAAGUAGGAGUUCACACAGAAGAGAAAAUUCUGAGGGUGAGAAAAGAACGUACUCGAAAAAUCGUGACCAUAAUAGCUCAAGUAAUAACAGGGAGAAAAAGGCUGAUAGAGACCAAAGUCCAGUCUCCAAAAUGAAACCAAGUAGUCAGGACAAUGAAUUGAAGUUCUCCGCAGUGAAGAAUAAAGAGGAUGAGAAAGCCAGAUCCUCCCUGGAAAAGGAAAGCCAAAAAUCAAAGGGUCAAGAGAAUGACCAUGUACACAAUAAAAAUAAAAAAAUGGAUCAUGAAGCAAGCCCUGGAACAGAUGAAGACAAAAGUGGAUGAGUGAGUUAUGUAGACUUUUUUUUUAAUUAUUCUGUCUUAAGAUUUUAAGUUUUAGAGACUUGCUGGUAAAUCUACCUUGUUGUUUUUCUUUUCGUUGGUUUUUGAGUUGUUUCAUGUUUGUCCCUUUUAUUUUUUUUUAAUGUGUCCUUAUUGAGUUGAUUUUUUGAUAAUCUGCAACCUGGAUAAUUUGUACUGCUAAAGUUUUAAUAAACUUGAAAUAAUGAGAAAAACACUCGUGUAAUGCUGUGUGCUGUGUUUAGCUACUUCAUGUUAAGCAUUUUUUGUGUUACAACAAUCAGUCAAACAAUAACAAACAGGCUGUCCUGUGUCCUAUUUUCUGUGAUCAGCCAACUGGAAACAGACAUAACUGAUUGUUGGAAUACAUUGUUACAAACGUUUUUGCUCAAAGUUAAAGUAACUUUAGAAACCACUAAGUACAAGAAAUCUUACACGAAAUUUCUGAUUAUAUUUUUUAAAGUGCUUACAAGCAAGCAGUAGCUUUUAACUGCACAGAGGAAAGAGCCUAAUAACUUUAGAUUUUAAACCACCACUUUCAACUUUUUGAUAGUGAUUUUGCUUUAGAAUAAAUAUUUACUUAUUUAUAUUGUACUUCAGAUGCCAUUCAGAGUCUUACCCAUACCUAGUUUCACAUAUUUAUCCUGACCAGAUUUAUUUCAAUUUGUUGUUGAUAAGUUUUCAGUUCAUGUGCUGCCUGAGUUUGAUUUGCUUAGCAUCUAGAAGAAGUAUACCUUGGAAGAGCAGGUCUUAAUUCUCAGUUACUGUUCUUUUUGAUAUGAAUAGGUGACUCACUUUGGGGGAACGUUAUUUUAUCAUUACCUUAUAUGUUUUUUUGGGGAAAAAAACUACACUCACUAAAACCACUUACACAGAUCCUUUAACUUCUGGUAUUUCACUUUUUUUGGCCACUGACUAUGGAGUUGAGUGUUUAACUACAUGGUUUUGGGUUUUGUUUUUUAUUUUGUGGACUUGAGCUGACUACUGUAAUUCUCAUAGCUGUGAGUUAAAAAAAAAAAAAAGCAGAUAAAUGCAUCCUUUCAAUAUAUGUGUCAAAAUACAUUACUGCAUGUUUAUGACUGUAGUUUCUAUUCAGAUGGGUUUAUACCAUUACUGUUAACAUUAUUUUAAUUUGGUGUGUGUAACAGCGCCAUGGAGAAUAGAGAGUUUUGAAAUUUGAUAGUUUAUAGGUAAAACACUAAAUAUGCCCAAAGUUCAUUUAUAAUUUUGUGUGUUACAUAUUGUUAUUUUUUUGAUGUGUGGCCUUUCAUUAUGUAAUUUUUAAAUAAAAGUGAACAUCCAGUAUACACUAAACCUGCCUUUUUAAAAAGAAAUUUCAGAAUCCCAGUUAAUAGGAAGUAGUCUUUAGAGAACUUUACACUUUAAUAUUUGUCAAUAAGGUGUCAACAGUGUUACCAAGGGAACCUAAAGGCUAGUCUGCUAUUUGUGUGGAACAAAGCAAUGCUUAACAUCAUAUUUCCUGUUACUGAUAUAGUAAACGAUAUAUUUAGCAUUCUGACAGUUCCUUACAGAAUGACUGAGUGAUAGUUAUAUGACUACUUUGGAAUAUUUUUAAUAAAUGUAUACAGUGGAGUCUUUAAAAAAAUUUUCCCUAGAGUUAAAAAUAACAGGUAUUUAUUAAUCCAUGCUAAUUAACUCCUUAGAAACUUUAAUCACAAACCCCCAUAAGGAUAAUUGAAUCUUGAGUUUAUGAAUAUAAUCUGUUGUAUAUUUUAAACUAGGAUUAGUUGCAUUUUUAAAUACCUUGUUACAAACUGACUUUCAAGAAAGGUGCUACUUUAGAAAGGUUUUGUAGUAGCAAUUAUAUUUAAAAUUUUAAAAACCAUGCUCAGUAAACAAUAUUUCCUUUGAUCCCAGAACUUUAACUACUAAGAAUUAUAUGAAAGAACCCGUAAGGAAAAAUAAGUAUCAUUUUCCACUUGGUUAUCAAAAGAGCAACUCCAUGCUAUGCGUUGUCUUUAAGUUUUGUUUUUUUUUUAAAUACAACUUUGUUAGCUCAUUUAAUAAAUCAGUAGAUGUAAUGAAGGCGUUGAGUAGAGAUAUAACAAUCUAAAUUUUAUUUUUAGAACAUAAGGAACAAUUUAAAGAUGAUUAAACACCACUGGAUAUACCUAAAAAAAUCACUUUGUACCUGAACACUGCAUGGGUUAUGAGAUCUCCUAUCAUAUUUUUCAAUAUCUGUGCUGCCUCUAGUUUUUACUUUUUGAUUGUCAUGUUUUUCUAAGAGACAACUACUCAUUUCCUGUCAAUUUGAUAUUCCAAUUGUGUCUAAACUUAUCGUUUAUUUCAUGCUGUCUUUGCCCUAAAGUCCUCUUAAAGAUAGACUUUCUUUUUGAAUUGUUUGGUUGGCAAUAGCUGAGAAAUUUUUCCUUGGUUAUUAUUUCAAAUAAAUUGUUUUCUGGUAUAAAAAUCUUCCAGAAAUUGACAGAUUAAUAUUAAUAGUAGUGAAGCUAGUGGGUAACUUUAAAACAUGAUUAAGACUUGUAAGGAGCCGUGGCACUUCUGGCUAAGCGCACAUAGUAAGUACUAUGUGCAAGGACCUGUGUUCGAGGCCCGGUGCCCCACCUGCAGCGGGGUCACUUUACAAGUGGUGAAGCAGGUCUGCAGGUGUCUGUCUUUCUCCCUCUCUAUUUCCCCUCACAACUUCUCUCUGUCCUGUUGAGUAAAAUAUUGGGGGGGGGGGGAAUAAAUAGCCACCAGGAGCAGUGACUUUAUAGUGCCAGCACGAGCCCCAGCAACUGGAGGCAAAAAAAAAAAUUUGCACAAGUGUGACAUUAAUAUUGGCUUUGCUGAAUGGCUUUUGAAUUGGAUUUCUGGUAGUGGUGUUGACACUUUUAGAUUGUUUUCAGUUCAGCAUAUGGACCAAGUUAGUAUAUCGUUUAGUCAGUAGUUCAUUGUGCUUCACUCUGGGCACUUAAUCUUAUAUCUCAUCUUUGAACCUUUUAUAGUAAAUUUCUAUAGAAAUUUGUUCUCUUUACCUUCACUUAGAAGGUGCUUUAAAUAUAUACCACGUCGUUGAUAGUUACAAAAAAAACAUAAGAUAUUUUUCUGUCUUUUGGAUGUGUUCACUGUAAUUCUUCAGUUUAUUGACCAUACAUUUACAGCUAAAUAAAUCCAAGGGUUACAUGUUUAUAAUCUGUGUGAAAAGAUGUGUUCUGUUACAAAUAUUUGUUUAAAAAAGUUAAACUUCAGGAAAUGAAUCACUGGCUGACAGCUACACACAGUGGGCUUUCCAACUGCCUUUAAAUUGAACUGCAGUAUGAUACACUAAGGAAAUCCUAAAGGGAAAAGAAAAGUCACAUUUUUAAAGAAUCCAUCCAUAAAGUUGGAGAUGAGAGCCACUGAGUUCUAUUUUUGUUUUGAAAUUAGGCACAAGGGUUAGUAUUGGGUUGUGUUUCUGCUUUAAUUCUUACGUUACUAAAAAAAGCACAUAUUGUAUGUCUUUUUUUCAGUUUUUGUUUUGUUUUGUUUUGUUUUUUUACUUGAAAGAAUUGACAAGUGUAUUGGGCAUUUGUCUAUGGGGGUGUUAAAAGUUAUGGCUGCUCUCUUUGUGGGAAGGAAAAAGGAUUAACUCACUUCUUUUCCUAGCUAGGAAGUCACUGUGAUGUAUAUUUUUAAAUGAAACUUAAGGAUAAAACUUGUAAUUGAACAAUCCGUUUCAAAAUGUUGCUACUGAUCAUUAGUCUAGUAACAAACUUUUCUGCAAACUGCAUUUUACAGAAUUUCAAUUUCAAGACUGUAUCAACUUUUCUAGUUACACAUUGUAUUAAACUGCUAUAAUAAACUUUUUGCAUUAAUUAGUUACUCAGUCUUCAUUUUUAUUGAAAACUAAUGAGAUAAACUAAGAUAUACUUAGAUUCACCCAAGGCUCUCUAGAAUCAUUUGUGUUAGGAAAAAAAAAAAAAAGAAUUUAACAAACUGAGCUUCUGUAAAAAUUUAUCCAACAGUGAUGAUUUCCAGGUUUGGAGAUAAGUUCUGGUGUAAAUAUUUAAUUGUAGUACUUCAGAUUACAAUAUGUCUUUUGCUUUCACAAAGCUUUAUAAUUACACUUGGAAUUUUCAUUAAUAACUACUGGAAUGCUACUGUUUGCUUUCUAAUUCAUCCAAAUUUCUCAUCAGAAAGAUUGUAUUUUGUCUUAUGCCUGCAAGUUUUAACAUAUCACUUACUAUAAAGCCAUGUGAGUGUCAAUUGACUUCUGUAAAGCAUUGUCUAGUUGGGGGGGGGGGGCUGUUUGCUUUUCUAUUGAUUUUGUUUUUAUUUAUAUUAGACAUAUUUAGGGGAAAUGCGCCUUCUUCAGAAUUAGUCACUGACCAUAUAUAUGCUUAGUUAAAAACAUUUUGACCACUCAGUGGUUUGUAUGUCUUAACAGGUGAAUAUGAACAAGUUCUGGAGUGUUUUUAAGUGUUUUAUUUAACAGGAGACUGUGUAAAAUGUGAGUGCUCUAUAUGGACUAUUCGAAUUGUGCAUUAAAAUGCUUUUAGUAUCAA